AUGCAUGAAACCGAUCAAAUCCGCGAGGUAUUAAACACCGACAUCAGAACUCCCAUCCCGCAGGCACUCGUAGCCCGGAUCACAUCACUGCCACCAUUUAUCCCUAUACAAGGUGUCACCAACUUUCGUGACGUGAGUCACGAUAACAACAAACUACGCCCGGGGUUCGUUUAUAGGUCCGGAAACUUGUCCGACAUCUGGGGCCCCGGGAAAUCGAUCAUCGCAACUCAAUUGGGCAUCACCACUAUUUUCGACCUCCGGAAUGAAGGCGAGCGACAAAAAGCCCCCGCACCUUCUAUCACCGGAGUCAAGACGAUAUGGUUACCAUACGGGGCUCGACCGGCUACUUUGAAUCUCCGCGAUUUCGCAGGUCCAGACAGGGGCGCGGCAGGGUUCGUGAAGAUGUACUUCGGGAUCCUCGAGGCGGCUGCCCCAUCUUUCACUGAGAUAUUCAAGCAUAUCAGAGAUAACCCGGACGAUCCGUUCAUCGUUCAUUGCUCGGCCGGGAAAGAUCGCACAGGUGUCUUCGCCGCCCUCAUCCUCCUCUUGAUAAAUAGACCUCAUGACGAUAUUAUUAACGAUUACAUCCUCACUCGAGUUGGACUGGAAAGCGCUCGGGAGAAUCUUAUGCAGGCAUUUGCGAUAAAUUUGGGUGGUGGAGUCGGCACCGGCCAGUUGACUCCGGAGGAACUGGGUAUGCUCGAACUGUGUGGUGUUCGAGCUACUUCCAUGGCAGCUUUCCUGGUAUCAUUUGAGAGCACGUAUAAAAAUGGCGCUGAGGGCUAUCUCAUUGAUGGUCUUGGGUUUACACAGAGUGAUGUGUCGAUGAUGCGUAAGAACCUGACAGUGGAUCAACUGGAGACGUCUGUACAAAUAUAA